AUGGGUGUGCAAGGAUACCUUCCGACGAGUCCAGAGAGUAGGAUCUAUUCCAAUCCAACUGCGCUUGGUAAGCGGCCCCUUUUGAAAAGCCUUCAGAACAAUGGCGAGCCAGUAGUUUUCCAGCGCAGCCCUUGUCGUAGCGUUGCUUUGGCUGUGGGAGGAGGGCUCAGCCUGAGCGCAUUUACAUUGAAUUGGCUUGGACGAAAGAGUCGACGCCCACAACGAAGCAUUACGAGGCCGGCCAACUCCACUGUGGCCUCACCUGCAAGAUCCACGGCUUCGAAGCAGUUCCAGGCUCUAGACGCAAGUUCCUGUUUGUCCUGUCUAGACAAGAGGCAGAAGUCCAUCUUGGAUGUUCACUAUCUUUAUGCGACCCCGAUCCUGCGGCCUGGAAGCUCUGAACGGCUGCCAGCACUGCGGUGGCAGGUUCAUCGGUGGAAAGGGACGGCACACCUUUAUCUGCCUCUUCCUUGGUACUUGAUUGGUACUUGA